GCUGUAUAUUGGUUGUAAAUAAUUAUGAACCGACCUCGACUACCAAAACCACUUCCCCUUUCUCCGGUUCAGUCAGAUCCUGCACCUCCGGGACUGUCUUCCGAAACCACCAUUGAGAUAGAUGGUGAGAAACUUAAGAUUCGUGCUGUCGAGCUGGAAAAGUUGAAGGAAAUAGCUGUUAAGUUGAUCACACUACUCAACGAACACGUGAACCGCUCUCAAAUUCAAAGGGAGCUCGAAGUUGGCUAUCAAACCACAAGUCCUUGUGUGCUCAUGUGUUACGGGGGUCUGAUCCAUGACUCGGAGGUUUUUAUUCUUAUGGAACUUAUGGAUACAUCCCUGGAAAACCUUCGCGCGCAAGUGUAUGGGGCGAACAAGUCAAUCCCCGAAUCGCUUCUGGCUUAUAUGACUCAACGAGUCGUCACUGGCUUACAGUUUCUUCGCCGGGAGAAAAGCAUCAUUCACCGGGAUGUCAAGCCUUCCAAUAUGUUGGCGAAUCGUCAAGGUCUUGUCAAAGUCUGUGACUUUGGUGUCUCCGGUAAGCUCAUGAAGUCAUUCGCGUUGAGUAAUGUGGGCAGCAAUCGAUACUUGGCUCCGGAAAGGAUCAAUCCUCAGACUGACCAGGCUUUCAGCAUUCUAUCAGAUGUUUGGUCCCUAGGCCUGAGUGUAAUGGAACUGGCCACUGGAGAGCUGUGUUAUGCGGACACGAAUAGCUUGUUCCAGCAACUGGAUCGGGUUGUCAAAGGAGACCCACUUCGUCUCCCAACAGAUGGUAGAUUCUCCGAAGCUUUACAAGAUUUUAUCAGCCGUUGUCUUAUGAAAAAGGAAUCUGACCGCGCCGACUACGUACAGCUGUUGGAAAGUGAUUUCCUCCGGUCCGUGGACGUUGCCGCUGGUCAGAAGCAACUGAGCGAAUUUCUUCCACAGUUUAUUGAUAGCAACGCGACUUGACCACAGAAGUUUUGUUUUUGUGGCCAGGUUAAUGUUAAGAAUUUGUCUUUUGUAUUAUUUGCUUUGGAUUCAAAAAAGUGCUUCCCAAACGGGAUUCCUCUCCAUCUUUAGCACGACCACAUGGCUACACGCCCGACUUUUCGGUUAACUUCAUUCCAUAUGGACAUGGAAGUAUAUUCUCGUAUACACGUAGAACAUCCCAACCGUGGAUUCUACCGAUGACGCUGUAGUGUCAUUUUUAUUCAACUGACCGGUACUCUUCCGGACAACUCUGCCUGUCUGUCAUUUGUUCCCAUCCACUUGUCUACUCAAGUUCUUUCGUGUUACCACUAUCAUUCAGAUUCGAACCUGAACUUUCUGGGAGUUCUCGGUUUACACCUGCUCACUCUCACUCACCCAGUCGCCAUUUUCAUCCGCCCCUCUGAGAUGGAAAUCUUUCUGAACGCCUUAGUUUUACUUUUUUCAUCUAUGUACCAUUCAACACAGAUGCCCUUUUCCCCUUGCACCCUGGAGCGAAUGUCUUAUUCACAAUUUCCGUUUUCUUUGGAAAAGGAGGCUCAACACCGCCCAACUACGCUACAUAUUGUGCUGAAUCCGAACGAUCGUCAUUCUUCUCUGAGACUGGGAAUUUCACAAUUUUGCCUAUUCUCAAUGGCUGGAGAUUUUCUCUGAUAUUUGUUAUUUUCCCUCUAUUUUCGUGCCGCGUCAUCUUUCAAUACACUUUCGCGCUGCCUGUC